CACAGCUCAGAGACCGUCUGAAGAAUCGCGUCUCCUCCGAUCAAUCACGCUACGAGGCUUAACCAAGAGAACUGAAAUUAGGGUUUUGGCAGAGAGAGAAGAUCAUCAAAUGGCUUUGACGAACUUCAUUCUGACAGUGGCGGGGGUGAGCGCAGUGAUUCUGUUGAUGAGGAGCGAUGUGAAACAAUCGGCCACGAUGUUCAGGCGAAACGUUCGUCAGAUUCGCCAGUGGCUCGAGGAAGAGUCCUCCACUGCCGCCAAGGAAAUGGAGAAGGCUAAACCCAAGGAGAUUCCUGGGAAAGAUAUUCACAAAGAGGAAAAGCACUAAGCACAUAAUUUCUCAUCCUUGCAUUUAUACCAAUAAUGUUCUCCUCCUUCCAUGUUUCCUUGUAUUUCAACCUGUGCUGUACAAAAUCUUGAUCUAGUUCACUGUGCUUAGAAAUUUUUCUUUUGUGCUUCAGCUCUUUUUCUUCCUAAUGACACAAGAAAUUUGUUGCUGUAAGAAACCAUUCUCGUACUAUGAUGCAGAAUUAGAUAGAUUUGCCUGUGUU